AUGGCCACCAUCGAGGAGAUUCCAGACAACGUCGAGACCACUGAGGUUCCAACCACUGAGGAGGAGCACGCCGCUGACGGCUCAAAGAAGCCAUCCCGCUCUGAGAAGAAGACCAGAGCCGCCAUGGCCAAGCUCGGAAUGAAGCCAGUCCCAGAUAUCAUGAGAGUCACUCUCAAGCAGUCCAAGGGUAACUUCUUGUGCAUUGUUGCUGAGCCAGAGGUGUUCAAGGCCACCGGUUCCGACACCUAUGUGAUCCUUGGUGAGACCACCUUCGAGGAUCCAAACGCCACCCGUGCCACCAAGGCCGCCAAGAAGGUUGAGGAGACCACCAAGACUGAGGAGACCACCUCCACCACCACCACCUCUGUCACCGAGACUGCUGAGGACGACGAGAACGUCGACCUCCAGGGUCUCAACCCCAACGACGUUGAGAUCGUCAUGAAGGAGUCCAAGGCCUCCAAGGCUAAGGUCGUCGAGGCUCUCAAGAAGACCGGAGACAUCGUCGCCGCCGUCAUGGAGUUGACUUCAUAA